AACAACAGCAGUUUUACUGGUUUUCACUCAAAGUUGAAGAGAAACACACACAAUAAUGGGUAAUAAGGCUGUGAAACAAUUAGGAGAUGUUCCAAAUGGUGAUUUGGAUUUGUUAUCCUCCACAUCUUUUAGAGAGGAUUUAUUUGAUCAAUUUCCGACUGUGAUUAGCAAGUUGGAGCUUGGUGUGCAAGAAUUUGAACAAUUUAUUAAAUUGUGUGAUGAUACUGGAUCUCUUUAUAAAUCAAUUGCUAAAAAGUUUUCAGUGAAUAAGAAAACAGAGGCAUUACCAACAAAUGUUGUGGAAAAACUAACUGCUGGUUUGGAAUCAAUUGCAUCGGGAUACUUGACUUCUAUCAAGGAAAUGGAUAAAUUGGAAUUAGAUGCUGAUGAAGUAAAGAAGGAAUUGAAUAAUUAUAUUAGUAUGGCAAAGAAGGAAGAGAAACUUCUCAGUUCUAAACUAGUUGCUGUACGAAAGGAAGAAGAAAAAAUCAGAGAUAAAUUCUUUGAUGAGAAAUUGUUUAUUCAAGAAUCAAAAUCAAAUCUACUCAUUAAUUUAAAGGAUUUAACUGAGAAAAAGAUACUUGAUAUUAAUAAGAAGAUUCAAAUAUCUGAAGAAAAUGUCAUUAAACUUGAAAAGGAAGCUGAUGUGAUCAAGAGAAAGGUGAAGGAGGUUAGCAGUGAAUACGAUCUCAAACUCAGAAAUAUUCUUUCACACUUGGAAUUUAUUGAUAGAAAGAGAUUUAGAUACAUGAAGGAUUUAACAAAACGAUUUUCACAAAUUCAAACUAAUACUGCCAAGAUGGUUAUUGAACAACACGGAGUUGUUGAUACAAAGAUUGAACUUCUCAACGAAGAGAAUGAAUUUAACGAGUAUAUUACAUCCGUAAAAUCAAUCAAACCAACAUCCAACAUUAUUUCAAAAGAUUCUGAACAAAAAUUACUUGUCAGAAUUGCUUCUCAAAGUUGGGACUUUAUGAAAUCAGCAUCAGGCACUGUAAAGAAGACCUUUGAAUCUGGAGAAAAGUUUACAGAUUCUUUAUUCCCUCCAAAAAACAUCUCAAUAGAUCCAGAAAUGGAAGAUUCAGUUCUUUGGAUGAGAGCUGUCGAUUUACUUGGCCCAUUUAAAAUCAUUAGCCCUGAAACUGUUCUGGCCUAUGAUAUCAAACCACAAAAAUCAAUUACUGGAUAUGAAUGGUUGACAAGUGCUUUGGAAUUCAUUGCAUCCAAGCCAGCACUUAUUGAAAGAAUAUUUGUUGUCAAGACUCCUAAUGAUUUGGGAAUUUUAGAGCUAAAUAUGUGCAUUGGAGGCGAAUUUUAUAAGAUUACCAUUGAUGAUUUCUUCCCAGCAAGCAGAGAUGGAAAUCCAUUGUACUCCUCAACAAAGAGCAAAGACCUUUGGGCUAUGGCUAUUGAAAAAGGAGUUGCUAAGGUUUGUGGAACAUACAAGAGAAUGGCAUCAUCUUCAUUCACAAUUGGUGAUGCAUUUGAAUUAUUGACAGGUUGUCCAAGCUUUUACCAACCAGUUGGUAUUUCCAACACCAACCACUUGUGGAAGCCAAUUUCUAACUUUACUCAAAGCAGAAAUAUUACUUGCUGUUUAACUCUUCCUUUUUCUGAAACUACAGCCACUUCAAUUGGUUUACACCCAGUUUAUCCAUAUUAUUUAGUGGGAUGCUUGGAAAUGAACGGAAAGAAAAUUGUUAAAUUGAAAUGUACUAGAGGACCAGCAGAGUGGAAGGGUGAUUAUUCUGAAUCAGAUAGAGUCAACUGGACUCCAGAAUACAGAAAUGCACUCGGUGUGGAUCAAUCAGCACAAGAUGGAUACUUCUUUAUGCCAUUCUCAGAUUUUUGCAAGUAUUUUGAUAGUAUGUCAUCUUUCAAAUAUGAUCCACUUUUAGCCAGAUUCCAACAUAGAAUUCCAUACCCAAGCCCUUCUGAUUCAAGCCCUCCAACCAAUACAGUCACAGAAGUUUCCAUUGAAACAGAUCAAAAGGAAGUUUACUUUGGUCUCCACCAAAAACAUGACAGAUUCAAGGGUUCUCCAGCUAGAUCUGCCAUGGGUUUCAUUGUUGUUAGAAAGCAAGGUAGUAAGAUUGUUGGUGCCGUUAGAUUAUCCACAAAUCCUUGUAAUUAUUCUGAAGGAUUAUCUUUAAGAGCUGGAGAUUAUCAAAUUAUUCCAAUUGUUGCACAAAAUGCUAUUUCUGUAGAUGUGUUUGGAUCUGGAAAUGCACCAAAUCUUACAGUUGUUGUUCAUGCUAGAGGUAAUGUUAGAAUGAAAACUGCUGAGAAGGUAUCUAUCAAGAUGACUCCAAUUCAAAAAUCAAUGGUUGAGCAAUUCUUGUCUGGAGUUAUUCCAAAGAGUCCUUCCCUUAUUAUGGAAGAAGCUAAGUCUGCUCCACAAUCUCCAUCCGUUGUUGGUAACUUUACACCAUUACAGGAAGAAAUAACUGAAGCAGAUAACUUUUUGAAUCAAGAAAUCACUCCAGAAGUUACUGCAACUCAAACAAUUGAUGAAUCACUCCAAGAAGAAGACUCAACACAAGUCAUUGAGAAGGAAGAACUACAAGCUGAACAAACCGUAGAAGAACCACACGUAGAAGAAACAACCGAUUUGGCUCAAGUAAAGGAAGACGAUAAUGUUAUUCCCUCUGACGACCAAGAGCACUUUGAAGAAUUUGAAUAAAUAAACCAAUAUCUGAUCUUUCUUUC